AUGGAGCUCUCCGCUUUACUUCAUGACCUUCAUCUCUCCUCCUCCUCCUCAGAGGAGCAGUCCCCUUCCUCUCCUCCUCCAAUCACAGAACUCCUUUCUCAGCUGCGGGAGAAGCUGAUUGGUUCCCGUCCUAAAUCCCACUCUCUGAUUGCUCAAAUAAAGCAGCUUUUCCAGUACGCUGGAUCUGACUGGCUGUUCUCUCCAGCCAGCCAGGACAUGCAGCCCUCUGAGCGCUGCGGCCUAUCAGAGCAUCCCCACACAGGCGGCGGCGGUGUGUGCCGCUCUCACGGCUCUGCUAACAGCUCUGGUGACUGGCGGAAAGGGGGCGAGGCCAGAGAACAGACAACCAGUCUGCUACUUGCUGUUGCUCCACCCACCUGCGUGUUUGCUGUCACACAUUUCCAGGAUCAGGUGUGGACUAGCUCCGCCUCCAGAGCAGCAGCACGGGGCCUGCUGGAGGCGCUGCUGAGUGCAGGAGGGUGGAGAAACUCCGCCCACCUGCUGACUGGGGACACGGAGGGGAGCAGAGGGAUUCUGGGAGGAGUCCUGGACAUCCUGCAGCCACAGCUCACCAAGGACUCGUGGCAGUGCUGUGAAGCCGUGAAGCUGGUGUUUGUCUGGAGUCUUCUGCAGGUGACCCGCCCAGGACUCUCACCUCACCUGUCUCGCCUCCUUCCCCCCUCCCUCCUCUUCAGUGACCACCACAGACUGGAGAACUGCAUGCUGGGAGUUCGCUGUCUGCACCAUAUUGUGCUCAACACGCCGCCUGCAGAGCUGCGUCAGUUCAACAGAGCCGAGGUUCUUUAUGAGGCGUUAUUCAAACACCUGUACAGGACGGAGGCCGCCAUCAUCCAGCUGGUCCUGUCCUGCCUUUUGGACCUGCUGGUGGUUCUGGAGAAGCCCCCCUCCGCUUCCACGUCCUCCCGCAGGAAGCCGUGUCGCCAUGACGACGUGCUGCGUCUCAUGCUGACCCACAUGGAGGCGGAGAACAAGGUGGUGCUACGGCGCGUCUACGCUGCCGCUCUGCCGGCGUACAUCGACAGGGUGGGCGUGGCUGUGUGCAGACACCUGUGGCGGCUAGAGCGGGUGGUGCUCGGGUACCUGGAGGUCAGAGACCCACCUGAGGAGGCGACCCGGCUGAGGAUGCUGGAGGCACUGCAGAAGACGACCAGAGCAGCGUGGCCACGGAUGGCGUGUCGUGUCGACGCGUUGCUGCGUUGCUUGCUGCGGCUGAUGGUUGACGUCUCCUCGGACUCGGAGCUCUGUGAUUCGCUCAGACGGCAGCUGAUGGAUGAAAGCGCCGCCUGCCUCCGGCUGCUGGACGCCGCCUCACACGGACACAUGCAGCGCCUCCUCCAGGAGGUCGACAGCAGCUGCUGCAGCCUGGAGGUGCUUGGUUGCCUAGCUACAGCAGCCACGGCGACUGACAGGUGAAGCUGCGAGCCUGGAGGCGGAGCUUUAAGAGCCACGGCGAGCAGCUGCGGCCUCCUGACACUCAGCAGACGUUUAAAGACAAACGGCAGCACGUUGGCGAAGCUUACGGCAUGGGAAGUAAUCUGGAUACAGGAAGUUUAAAGAGCCGUGUGCUGACAGGUUUGACGGCGCAGAACUGAACUCUGGGAACUCUCACGUGUGUGUGACUGUGACACGGCGCUCUGUAGCUUCAGGUUAUUGUUUCAUAACUGUGUGAUUAAUAAAUGUCAUCGUGGGGCGUGAACGGCUCCGCGGAGAAAACCAAA